GGUAGUAAAACACAAUUACCCAGAAUGCAAAGGGGAAAAAAUCCAAAGUGUCGUCUGCCUCAUUCUAAGGCCAUUUGGAAAUUGGAUGCCCAUCGCUCUGGACUUAUCAACUACGGUUCUCUGUCGAUCUGGAUUUACUAAAUGCACUUUGGAUUUGAGAGUUUUGUCACCGGAACCAGACAUUUGCGCAAAGUUGGAGAGUUUUCUUGAAACUGUUCUGCACCACCAAGUCCACCGUGAUUCCGAAAAGAGACUACACCAAAAUGUCGAGUUUGCUGUCCCUACUCAUCACAUCGUCCCUUGUGGUAACCAUGUACGCUACGCCAUCAGGUACCAGGCGGCCUCGAAAUGAUGUGUGUCAAUUCGGCAGCACCCAGUACGUUGUGGGAGAUACCUGGCACCCCUAUUUGCGCCCUAAUGGUAUCGACUACUGCAUUCUGUGUUCGUGCCACGCAGCGGGGCAGGUUCGGUGUGAUGGUAAAACGUGUCCGCAACCGACCUGCGCACAUCCCCGGCGCGUCCAAGGAAAGUGCUGCCCAACUUGUGCAUCAGAGUUCGAAACCACCACCGUGCCACCAAUCACAACUCCUCGAAGUUGCCAGUACAAGGGGCGGGAUUACAACCAUGGCGAACUCUUCACGGCGACUGACAUAUUUCGCUCCAGAAGAGAGGAUCAAUGCGUACAAUGUAGCUGUUCGUCAGGCAGGGUGUACUGUGCGCUGAGGACCUGUCCCGACGUGCCUUGCGUCAACCCAGUCGUGUUACCAGACUCCUGCUGCCCGGUUUGUCCGACAAGAGCGACGGAGGAAGAUUACGACGGUGAAGAUCUUCUCGGAGGUAACGCACUGGACGGGUCCAUUGACCUUUCACCCGAUGAGCCCUCGACUGAAGGAUCGUUCCCAGCGGAGAACACGGCCAGAGUGCAUCCCGACGAAGACGAGAUGAAGGCAUCCGUGCUCGAUCCCAGCAGAUACGUUUGUGUGUCUAACGGCAAGACGUAUUACGAGGACCAAAGCUGGCAUCCCGUGCUGGUUCCAUUUGGGCGCAUGGACUGUAUUCUCUGCACCUGCAAGCGUGGGGAGGCAGUAUGUGGUAGGAUGCGGUGCCCUGAUGAGGAGAAUUUACCUUGCGCAAACCCCAUACAGCACAGGGGUGCCUGCUGCAAAGUGUGCCCAGAUGUACCGUCUCCGUCCACUGGUUCCUCUGAUGAGAACCCUUCCGAAGUCGAGGAAAAUGACGAGACGCCGCUUUGUCUCCGCAAAUCCGAGACGAUCCUCCUGCACGAGUUUACCCCGUACUUGGUGGAGGGAACCGACAAUCUGUCCGACUACCAGUUCGUGGUGGAAGACCUCGACACAAGGAUGUUUGAGCUUCACUCUUGGCAAUUCAGAGAAGGAAUUAUUUCCGAAUUUCAAAUCGAGACUCUAACCGAAGACGAGUAUCUCCAAAAACAAGAGACCAACAGAACAGGCUGGUACCAGCUGAGUGGGGCUUCAACACAUCAUCGACUGCAGAAACUGAAACGCAAAGAGCGGAAACUGGAGAAGACGUGCGCCUCCAACUGUCAGAGACAAGUGGUCAGACUGACACGGAUGCUCAGGCCCAGACAAGUGGAGAGAGGGGUGGAGUGCACCCAGGAACCCAACACCACACCCAGGCAGAGGGGUACUGUUGUACCCACUCGGGGUUGAGAGGGGGAGGGGCAUUCCGGCGUAUGACAGGUGUCAGAACAAUUAUUGUUGCCAAGGAUUGCUCCACAGUGAAAUUUCCCAAUACAUGAUUACCCGACUCCGCCAUUUGGGGGGAGUGCACCCAGGAACCCAAUACCACACCCAGGCAGAGGGGUACUGUUGUACCCACUCUGGGUUGAGGAGGGAAUUGGGCGUAUGACAGGUGUCAAAACAAUUAUUGUUGACAAGGACUGCUCCACAACUUUUCCCAAUACAUAAUUACCCGACUGGCCGACUCCCCGUUCAGGGGGAGUGUACCCAGGAACCCAAUACAACACCCAGGCAGAGGGGUACUGUUGUACCCACUUGGGGUUGAGAGGGGGAGGGGAAAUUGGGCGUAUGACAGGUGUCAGAACAAUUAUUGUUGCCUAGGACUGCUCCUCAGUAACAUGUUCCUAGUCAUUGAUUACCCGACUCCCACAUUUAUAGGGAUUGCACCCAAGAACCCACUUCGACACCCAGGCAGAGGGGUACUGCACCUUGUACCCACUAGGGGUUGAGAGGGGCAAUUGGGCGUAUGACAGUUAAUGUUGCAAAAGCAAGGACUGAUCCACAAGUGAACUUUUCCAACACACUUUAAAGAAGAUAAGACUUCUCCUUCUCCCCGUCUUGGGGGUGUAUCCAGAAACCCAGUGCAGUGGAGACAUAGUUAUCCCCAAUCGAGGUUCAAGAGUUGCAAAAAGGGCAAAACCCAUUCUUGGAGGGAAGGAACCAUUGACAGCCAGCAUUUCCCCCCACAUACUCAAACUUUACUCAAAAACGGUGUUUGUCCACUUUUCUUCCUCCGGGUUUGAGUGAACACCGUUUGCGAUAAAAAUCACAGAAGAGGAGAAAUUGUCCCAAUUUGGGUUGAGAGAGGGGCGAUGUGGUUAACAACUGCUGUAAGGACCUGUUCGGCCAAUGACUGGUUUAAAAUGAACUUUCCAAAAAUUGUCAAUUUAUAAGAAGAUAUUUGGUAUGAAAGGCUUCCUUUUUUCCCCACAAUGCACUGGUCGCUAUAGAAACCCAGCCUUGACUUUUCUACAUGUUAUUUUAGAAACAAAUAUCAACAAAUAAAUUAACAAACACUUUUUCAAUGCACAAUAAAAAAAUGAAGGGGUACAGUUUUCCAAGGUACCACAAACUUACAACCAGAAGUAUCUACUGUUUUUGAAUUGGGGUGAAUAUUUCCGGCAAGGGGUACCACUAAAGGGGUACCAAUGAGUCUUAAAAACUGGAAACAUAUUUCAGAUAAUGAGUUUCUUUCCGUAAAAAAAACCUCAACAUAGAAUCGAGAUGCAUACAAGUUCCCUCUGUAAAACCUCCGAGGUGGUUCCACUAAAUUUGAUAAAAUUUGAACAUUUUUGGAGAAGAUAUGAUCAUGAUCCCCUUAUUAAACAAAGAUGUACUUUGUAUAUAUAUAUUUAAAAUUUUAGACAAAAAGCCUUUAUACGCAGUAUUCAACGAUGAAGGAAAUGUACAUUGAAAUGUAUUGUCUAUUUGUGAAAAAAGGAUGAAACGAAUGUUUCAUUUUCAUAAUAUAUUAUUAUAUACAUAUUUAACUAUAUAACAAUGUAGAAAUGACUUAAGUGUAACAUUUAACUUCAAAUUUUUUGCUACUGACAUGAACUGCAUGUGAUUGUGAACGUUUUUUUUACAUUGAAUGUGUGUAGUUGGCGUCUCACUGCCCCACAGGGUACAAUGUAGCUGUGUAUAUUAUAUAUAAAUUAAUAAUAUAGCAUAUUCAUAAUAUCUAUGGAUAUUAGGAGCGGAUAGUUGUAUCUGUGUUUUCCAAUGUCUAGUUUUCAGAGCAAUGAGAAGAAAAAAAGAUUGACAGCAAACAUGAAAGGAAACUUUCAAUUCUUUCAAGUCGAGCAC